UCAUUUGCUUCAAGCCUCCUUUUUCUGGACGCAUCACACACUGGUCUUUUCACCUACUCUGAGGAGGCUGAGGCCCUGCGCGCGGUGCUAGCAGUGGGUUGGGACUCAGUUGGCCUCAUUGACCGUUUGCACGGUCGUCUGCUGGCCACGCAUCGGUUACCUGCCCGCCCGGUUGGCAAGCCUAUUCUUAUCCCUCGAUUGGCCCCGCAGCACAAUGACAAAGACGAGGAAAAGCCUGAUAUGGAGAAUAAGAGGACAUUUGGAGUUGAAUCAAGAGGCUCACACAACCCUAAUUCAUCCGGGAACUGGUCCCAUCAGUCGAAGACUGAUAAAUUAGGACGCCCGUCUAAAGUCUAUCAGCCAGUUUCUCUUAGGAUGUCUAGUGGCUCACUUUUUAUCCUACCUUGUAAUGACAUGCUCCUCGGCUUCACUCUAUUCUUCAGUGUCCGCUGGCAGGCAAUGGCCGCAACUUCCUUGGUCCUAAUAAGCAGCUUUUUCCUCCUUUACUUUUGCUGUGAUUCGAGUGAGGCUGGUGUGGAAGAUGGCGUUUCUUAG